GUGUGUGUAUAUGAGUGCGCACAUGUACAUGUGUAAUAAUUUUUUGAUUUAUGUUCCCCCCCACAGAUCUUGGAGGCAUCUGAGGUUUAAUGGGGACUUCCCAGCAUUCCAGACCAUUGCUGUGCGAUGAAGCUCUGAGUCACAAUCUUUGGGUCUGAGGUACUGGCAACAAUGUAGAACCCCAGGAUGGCCAACCUGACUAACCUUCACUCUAAGCAGAGACCCAAAAUGAGCCUGGCCUAAAAUCAGAGCAAGCACUAGAGAAAGACUGUUUUUUUCAUGGAAACAGGAAAGGAGAAAAGGGUUUCCAACAAAUUGCAACAGACUUUCCACCAUUCUAAAGAACCCACCUUCCUUAUCAACCAAGCCAUUCUAUCUAGUGAUUCCCAUUCUAGCCUUUUGCCAGGAACAGAGCUAAUCAGUCCUGGUGAAAAAAUAAGGACAAACCCUCAGAGAACUCGACCCGGAACGGUGACACUCUCCAAGCGGUCCAGUAGGAGAAUUAUGUCGGCAAGCCAGCCCCGGCGCCCUGUGAUCCCGUCAUGGAGGCCUGGAUUCCCCGUGUGCUAUAUCUGUGGCCGGGAAUUUGGGUCCCUGUCACUUGUCAUUCAUGAGCCCCAGUGCCUGGAGAAGUGGCGCAUUGAGAACAGCAAGUUGCCGAAGCACCUGAGGAGGCCAGAGCCCCGCAAAGCACAGCCUCUCGGUGGCAGUGGAGCCCACAACCUUCAGGCAGCAAAUGAGGCGGCGCUCCAGAGCUCCCAGGCUCAGCUGCUGCCCUGUGAGUUCUGAGGCCGCACAUUCCUGCCAGACCGUCUUCUUGUUCACCAGAGAAGCUGCAAGCCGAGGGGUGAGAGGCUCAGAGUUCCAACCCCCAGUGGCUCUGAUGCUCUUACUGGGCUCCAGAGAGCUCCUGGUGGCAUCCCAGCCCGACCAAGGAUGCUCCUCUGCUACAUCUGUGGUAGGGAAUUUGGCUCCCUGUCCCUUCCUAUUCAUGAGCCCAGAUGCCUGGAAAAGUGGAAGAUAGAAAAUGACCAGCUUCCCAGGGAGCUGCGCCAGCCACUCCCACAGAAGACUCAGGGCCUUCCAAGUGGCCAGUCCAGCCAGGAGCGUCCAGGCCAAGCUCAGCUCGUGCCCUGCCCAAAUUGCAGCCGGACCUUUGCCCCCAACCCCCUUCUGGUGCACCAGAGAUGUCGUAAAGCUCAACCUAGUGGGCCAAAAGUUCAGAAUUUGACCUUGGGGAGUAAAGGUGGCCUAAAAGAGACCACUCAUUCCAAGCAGCAGCAGAACAUGGCAACACCCACUGUGGCUGGCAAGCCAACGAUGAUCAGGCGUCCACUAACAAUUGCUUGCUACAUUUGCAGUCGUGAAUAUGGGGCAAAAUCUAUUGCCAUCCAUGAGCCACAAUGUCUGAAAAAAUGGCGUAAUGAAAACAAGUUGUUGCCUAAAGAGUUGAGGAGACCAGAACCUAAGAAACCGGAAGUCAGGACCAUUACUGCCAAAGGUUUCUAUGAUCUCGAUGCCUUAAAUGAAGCUGCCUGGACCAGUUCCCAGAGCCAGUUGGUUCCCUGUGAUAUCUGUGGGCGUACCUUCCUGCCAGACAGACUGAUGGUUCACCAAUGGUCCUGUGAACCCAAAGUCGCCGAGUAAAGCCCUUUCUCUCCACUAAAGUGUCACAGGGAUUCAGUCCUUUGGAAAGAGGUGGGGUUAUGUCAGGAAGGAGAAAAAGGAGGUGAGGAGAGGAAAGAAGGAGAAUUGGAAUUCACCAAGAGCUGUCUUGUAGGAAAGCCCGGCUUGAGGCUUUGGUGGCGUGAGCAUGAGCACAAUGUGGUGGGUAAAUG